AUGGCGACAGACGAAUUGACUUUUCGUAUCUCCGGCCUACCUGACUUCUGGGCCCAAGCAACUAGAGAAGUGAUCAAUGCGAACACGACCUUACUCGACGCAUUCAAUGCCAACGCAAGUGGUGAGGUCGUCCUGCACGGCUGGACCCCAAAAGUCUUCGAUUUCAUGAUGAAGCUUUUACAUCACGAGGACGAUGAGCUAAACGACUUCUUCGACGAGUUCGAGGCCGAGGUCAAGGACGUUUGGUCGAUCGCCAGCUUCCACGAGAAGUUCAUUCAACACGCGCACGCGGCUGACGAGGACUCCGAGACACACGAGCCUGGGCACCCUACCCUGAGGAUGAGACAGUGGUUCCGGCGCUGGUACGAAGAGAAUGGCGGGGGUUUCCGGGGGGCGUCUGCCUCAGACCUGACCGUUCUCGUCAUGCCUGCAUUCUACAUCGGUGACGCCCAGGCAUUCAUGUCGGUGACGCACGAUUGGUUCCUUCAUGUAAACGGCAGACAGGCCUCGUCCGAGAACGUGAGGAUGCCGGAGGAUUUUGACCAAGGCGGAGUGGGCGUGAUCACAACUAACCACCCACUGUUUGGCCAGCUCGCGGCAGCCCGAUCAAACAUGAUCGGCAAGAUCGAGGUGGAGUUGAACUACGACGAGAAGAAAGACGGCCUCCCCCGCGGCCGGGGCCGAGCUUACUACAAGGCUCUGUUCGCUACCGGGUGGUGGCCUGUCGAACGAGUGGUGAAGGAUCACUCCAUUCACCAGACCCUUACUAUGAUCGAGAAUAAGUUCGACUACGUCAAUUACGACAACAGGCAGGACUGUGCUUCUUUAUGCACCUAA